AUUACUGACAGUGAGGCAAAAGAGGCAAUCUUCAAAUCUGCACCUCACAAAGCUCCAGGACUUGAUAGUAUUAACUUUCUUUGUCUGAGGCAAGUGUAUCAUGCAAUUUCUAUUCCUCUUGUUAAGUUGUUUCAAGCUGUACUGAAAACAGGUUAUCAUCCCCAAUGCUGGAGAGAGGCAACUGGAGCUAUAAUCAGAAAACCUAACAAAGCCAACUAUACUGCCACUGAAGACUAUAGACCUGUCGCUCUGCUGAACUGCCUAGGAAAGAUUUCAGAAAAGAUUAUGGCCAACAGACUAGCUUACAUUACAGAAACUAAAGGCCUGCUACACUGAGAGCAGAUGGGAGGAAGGAAAGGAAGAAGUGCAGUGGAUGCAGUGAUGGCAUUAACACAUGAUAUUCAGUACUAGGCCAAGUUAAAUGGUAAAGUCCUUUCUGCCCUCUUUGUUGAUGUCAAAGGUGCAUUUGACCAUGUUAGCAAAACACAGCUACUCUUAGUGCUACAGUCUUUAGGAUUUCCUCCUCCUAUUCUUACCUGGACAGACAGCUUCCUCUCUAACAGACAACUAGAGUUAUCUUUUGAUGGGCAAAGACAACCUCUCCUACCAGUCACCACAGGCAUUCCUCAAGGCUCUCCCAUUUCACCAAUCCUCUUCCUAUUCUACUUGACAAACUUGUUCAAGGACCUGGAGCCAGGAGUUUUAACUCCACACCUAAGAUCCCCCUCUUUUAUUGAUGAUAUUGCUUUUAUAGUCACAGGACCCUCUGAGUAGAGCAACUCCAAGGCAUUGGAGGUGGUAGCCAGAAGGGCCUGGAGUUGGGCAGCUGACAAUGUAAUAGUAUUUAAUGAUCCCAAGACAGAACUGAUGCAUUUUCACAACAAAACCAAUAACCUUACUACCAACUCCCGUGUUACUCUUCCUCAUGGCACUAUUAUCUACCCUUCUAAGCACCUCAGAUGGCUAGAAGUUUGGCUUGACAGGAACCUUUUGUUUAACUGCCAUGUGCAGCAGAAGACAGUAUCAGCAACUAGGGUACUUCACAUGAUUUCUACACUAUCCAACUCAGAAUGGGGUCUCUCAGCAACAGCAAUAAGGCAACUAUAC